GUCUGCAUUAGUUAUUUGAUUGCUUCUUUUCCGGAAAUGAGCCACUUGUCGCCCUUUUCCAAAAUGACUUGUUUUUCUUUUUAAAACUCUCCCAAGAAAGAGCGUCCAUGACCCAACAACUUCGUGGCUCUACGUCAUGGCGGAAUCUCUGGAGCGCUCCGCCAAGCUCAACUCACUGAAGGAGCCGGCGUUGAAGAAGCUGUGCGACGUGUUGGACCGAACCCCCGGCAAAGGAUGGCGAAGACUCGGGGAGAUAGUCGCCGAGGAGCGCCGCUUCAAAAUCGGUCCAGACGACAUGGAGAUGUGCUCUCUGAAGGUCCUGCAGCCCGACGGCAGCCCGAGCCGCAUGCUGCUGAGGCUCAUGGGAGAGCGAGGCUGCACGUGCGGCCACUUGAUGGACUACCUCCACAUGCUGGGCAACACAGAGGCCCUGCACUGUCUCAAGGCGCCAGUCUUGCAGAUCAUCAUCCAGCCACAAUCGGUGUCGCUGCUGUGCGGUCACAACCUGCGCCUGAGCUGCCACGCUGUGGGCCAGUCGCCGGUGCAGUACCAGUGGUUCAAGUCCAAGGAAGAGGUGCCAAACGGCUCAUGCCCUGAAUUGGCCAUCAGUGGCAUCCACGUGAAAGACGGCGGCUUCUACAUCUGCCGUGUCAACUGCGGCGACACCUUCCAGUUCAGCCAAUGGGCUCAAGUGGACGUCCUGGAUGUGUCUACGUCAUGCGGUGGUUUUCUCCCAAAUCCAGGCCAGAACAUCCAGUCUUUGGCUGGUCGUCUCAAGGUAGCCGUCCAGCCUCGCCCACAGCAGCUGCUCGUCGGCGCCACCCUACAGCUGGAGGGUGGCGUUGUUGGGCGCCCCAUCCCUCGCUAUCAGUGGCAUCGUGAUGGCGCGCCUGUCCCAGAUGCCACCAGGAGGAAACUCACCAUUCCCAACGCCACGCAGGACCACCAGGGCCGGUAUCGCUGCGAGAUCAUCAGCGGUGGCGAGAGGACGUGGACCAAUGAGGUGGAGGUCGUGAUUGCUCCAAGGACCCUGGUCCAGAUAUCAGGAGCAAUGGAGUGCUCUGAAGAUGAUGUUUAUGCCAUUGGAGGAGGUUCCACUGAUUUCCUCCUAAACAGUAUUCCUGAGCAACUCUAUGCUACGGACAAAGUGGCACUGCUGAUAGGCAACCUGUCCUACCAGAACCACCCACAGCUCAAAGCGCCCAUGGUGGACGUGUAUGACCUCACCAACGUGCUGCGGCAGCUGGAUUUCAAGGUGGUCUCCCUGCUGGACCUCACUGAGUCAGAAAUGCGCAACGCCGUUCACCAGUUCCUGCUGCUGCUCCAUAAAGGAGUUUACGGCUUGCUGUACUACGCUGGGCACGGCUAUGAGAACUAUGGCAACAGUUUCAUGGUGCCAGUGGACGCACCUAAUCCAUACCGCUCGGCCAACUGCUUGUGCGUGCAGAGCAUCCUCAUGCUGAUGCAGGAGAAGGAGACUGGUCUCAACGUCUUCCUGCUGGACAUGUGCAGGAAGAGGAAUUUCCAUGACGACAGCACGCACAACGUCAUCUUGAGGGUGACGGCCAACAUCGUCUUCGGAUACGCAACGUGUCAAGACGCCGAGGCCUUCGAGCUGAGCUCCAGCAGCUUCACCAACGGCGUGUUCGUCAAGUUCCUGAAGAAACGCCUCCUGGACGACGAGAAGAUCACUGUGGUGCUGGACAGAGUUGCAGAAGACAUGGGUCAAUUUGACGCCACCAGGGGCAAGCAGGCGCUGGAGAUCCGCAGCAGCCUGUCAGAGCGGAGGGCCCUGACAGACCCGGUGCUGCCCGGUCCUACUGACCUCCUCCACAGUCAGCAGUGGGCCAAAGCUCACGAGCUUCCCGAGAGCAUGUAUUUGGAUUUUGAGUGCGGCGCUCAGAUCAAGUUGGGCUUCGCCGCCGAGUUCUCCAACGUCUUGGUCAUGUACACGCACAUCGUUCGGAAACCCCCCGACCUCUUGCUAUGCCAAGCGCAUGUCACAGACUUCCCACAGGAGCUGGACGUGGACCCUAAGGAGAUGAAUAAGACCACUCCGGAGGACACGGGCGUCUACCUGCUGUCCAGCAGCCUGCCGCAGCAUUGCCUCUACACCAGACUCUGCUCAUUGCAGAAGCUCAAGGAGGAGCUGGUAUUCAAUGUGUGCCUCCGGGGCGCCACCGCAGCCAUGGACGCCGACGACAGCGUCUGCUGGACCGAGAGCGUCGACAUCGGCAAGCCGCUGAUCGCCCGCCUGGACCUGCAUCAAGCCACGCGGCCCAACAGCUGCCUGCUGACGUGCCCCGUGCCCCACAGCCCCAAUCGCAACCCCGUGGCCCGGCACCAGCACCAGCACCCGCACCUGGAUCAUCCCCCGGGUCAGGACCACAGCCGCCUAGCGCCCCAGCAUCGCCGGCCGGACAUCUACGAGCAUGAGCAGAUGGGGGCUUGCGGCUCCAGCAUCCCCAUCGAGGCCAGCGACGACAUAGAUGAGCUGCAGACGGCGUUCAUCAACAGCCUGCAGCUCCGGCAUCCUUGAGACGGGCCGUUAAACCAGUAGGAGUACAGUAGCCCCCCCACUAAAAAUGUUUACAAUUGCCUAUAGUCAUAGUUUAAACUACAGUAAUCUCCCCCAAAUUCAAGGUUCAUGAGUCACAAAUUGAUCUAUUCACAUUUUUUCUGUGGAACCUGUCCUCCGCUAGUUGCUGAAAAACUCUCUGCUUCCUGUACAGUUUUGUAAAUGUACAGGUACUGUACUUACAUACCCAUCUAUUUACCUUCUUACAGUGCUAUGAAAAAGUAUUGGCCCCCUUCUCAAAUUCUCAUAUUUUUGCAUAGUUUCCCCACUUUAAUGAUUAAGAUCAUCAAACAAAUGUAAAUAUCAGACUUAAAAUGCUGUUUUUAAAUGGUGAUUUCAUUUUAAAAACUAUUCAAAAUUACCUGUGCAGAAGGACUGACUAAGCCAGACACAUACACAAUUAGGCUGCACAAUUUAUCAAAUGUUUAUCAUCGAGAUAUUGACAUCAUGCACACUAAACUUAUCGCCAAGACAACCUGAACUAAGUUAAUUAAGAUGUGGUAACGAAUUACAUCUUGUAGCUAUACACGUUUAUUUAUCAGAAGUCAUAUUGCAUAAUUGCAGUUUUUUCUCAUCUUGUGCAGGCCUAAUACACACGGGAAUGAAAUUACUGAUGGUUGUGGUUGCUGAUGAACCUAUGUAUAUGGGAUGGGGCAUGUACAGACAAAUUAAUUAAUUAAGAUAUUUAUUCAUAUUCACUUAGUAGCAGAGCCAGCUCCAUGACAGUAACAGUUGAUUUUAAGCAGAAAAUAGCAUUUAGCAGUAAGCACGACGACACGACGAGGUUAUAGUCGGCACUUCUCGCCAUUAACAAGCAAACUAUCCAUCCAUCCAUCCAUUUUCUGAGCCGCUUCUCCUCACUAGGGUCGCGGGCGUGCUGGAGCCUAUCCCAGCUGUCAUCGGGCAGGAGGCGGGGUACACCCUGAACUGGUUGCCAGCCAAUCGCAGGGCACAUAGGAACAAACAACCAUUCGCACUCACAGUCAUGCCUACGGGCAAUUUAGAGUCUCCAAUUCAUGCAUGUUUUUGGGAUGUGGGAGGAAACCGGAGUGCCCGGAGAAAACCCACGCAGGCACGGGGAGAACAUGCAAACUCCACACAGGCGGGGACGGGGAUUGAACCCCGCACCUCAGAACUGUGAGGCUGACGCUCUAACCAGUCGGCCACCGUGCCGCCACAAGCAAACUAAUGUUAGUCAAAUUAUCAAUUUCACUUAAAGCAUCACAAAGUAUCUAACCUAACUUAAAAUUCUAUUAAUAAGGUCUUUGGUGUUUGUCGAUAUCCAGCUGUUGAGGGCCGGUCUCAGCGCGGCUUGUGCUGGCAACGGACUCCUGUGUGGCGGUACGACCACGCCCCUUUCUGUUUUAUUCUUGUUGGUCUUGUGGCAGUGCCGAGCCACUGGCCCAUCGGCCCACCGGGGAUAUCCCCGGUCUGCCCGUACGCCAGUCCACCCUUGGGCAUUUUACAUGUUGACCUCCUUCCACCUUUCUCAACUGAUUCAAACCAUUAAAGUUAUUUUCAGUAUAUUAUACUUGACCAUUUUUGAAACAGGCAAAUUUCGGCAAGGCUACAAAUGUAGUGUAACGUGUUUACAUUUUUUAAGAGACCUGACAAUUGUUUUAAAUUAUGAAAAAUACUGAGUAUGUCUCCUUUAAAUAAAGAAAUGAUAAAGUGCC